GGGGAGGGCGCUGUAGCCAUUUCGCCACAUGAAAGCCCGAUGAGCUGAACGACCAACAUCCGACUUGUUCGCGGAGAAGAGAAAUCGGCUUUUCAGCGAGGACGUACACGAACUCGCGCGCAAAAAGACGCACGGCGCGCAAAAGACGCACGGCGCGCAGACACGUACACUUCCUCCUCCUCCUCCUCCGCGGUGGAAAAAAAAAGGAGAGAGAGAGAGAGAGAGAGGGCACACGCAAACGCAAACUUCUAAGUCUCCCAUGUGGAAAGCGGAGGUUUGAGGAUAAGGUACUCCGUUCCUUCCCCCCCUCUCUCCCUCUCUUUCUAUCCCUCUCUCGGUGUUUUUUUUUUUGCUGCACCGGAUAGUUGUGAUUCUAUGAGAGUCUCUCUCGGCGAGAAGAGAAGUUUGGUUGUUUGCCUGGUCGGCUGAGGAGGAGGUGGUGGAGGAGAAGAAGAAGAGUCGGGUUAAAAGUGGGGGAAGAUGGUCCGCAACGGCGCUUGGAGAAGAAGCUUGCUGUGCGUCCUGGCGCUCAGUCUCGGCUUCGCCCUCCCGCCGUGCAAAGCUCGGAUUUACACCAACCACUGGGCAGUCAGGAUAGGCGGUGGAACCGAGGUGGCCGAGCGGAUAGCGGAUAAAUAUGGCUAUAGGAACAUGGGACAGAUUGGGGAUCUCAAAGACCACUAUCACUUCUUCCAUAGCCGGACCAUCAAGAGGUCGACUUUGUCGAGUCGUGGUCGCCAUAGUUUCAUCUCCAUGGAGCCAAAGGUGGAGUGGAUACAGCAGCAGGUGGUGAAGAGGAGGAUAAAGAGGGAUUACAAACCAAACCCGCCCCUUUCCCUGUCUAGCCCCGCCCUCAGCAGCCCGGCCCAGAACAACAUAUUCUACAAUGACGCCAAGUGGAGCAGUAUGUGGUACAUUCACUGCAACGAUGACGUCCACAACUGCCAGUCCGACAUGAACAUCAUGGGGGCGUGGAAAAGGGGCUACACGGGUAAAAACGUGGUGGUGACCAUUCUGGACGACGGCAUCGAGAGGAACCACCCGGACCUCUUUCAGAACUACGAUCCUCAGGCCAGCUUUGACGUCAACGGCAACGAUAUGGACCCCAUGCCUCGAUAUGACGCCACAAACGAGAACAAACACGGGACACGGUGUGCGGGCGAAGUGGCUGCAGCUGCAAACAAUUCCCAUUGCAUUGUGGGAAUUGCCUACAAUGCCAGAAUAGGAGGCGUGCGAAUGCUGGACGGAGAUGUGACCGACAUGGUGGAGGCCAAGUCUCUGAGCCUGCAGCCGCAGCACAUCGACAUCUACAGCGCCAGCUGGGGACCCGACGACGACGGAAAGACCGUGGACGGACCCGCGUCUCUGGCCAGGCAGGCUUUUGAGAACGGCAUCCGCAUGGGGAGGAAGGGCCGCGGCUCCAUCUUCGUGUGGGCUUCAGGCAACGGCGGCCGCAGCAGAGACCACUGCUCCUGCGACGGCUACACCAACUCCAUCUACACCAUCUCCAUCUCCAGCACGGCCGAGAGCGGGCGGAAGCCGUGGUACCUGGAGGAGUGCUCGUCCACGCUGACCACCACCUACAGCAGCGGGGAGAACUACGACAGAAAGAUUAUCACAACAGACCUGAGACAUCGGUGUACAGACAGUCACACGGGGACAUCCGCCUCGGCUCCCAUGGCCGCUGCCAUUAUUGCUCUGGCCCUGGAGGCAAAUUCUCAACUGACAUGGAGAGACGUUCAGCAUAUCAUUGUGAAGACCUCCAGAGCGGGACAUCUCAGCGCCCCCGACUGGAAGACCAAUGCCGCUGGUUACAACGUCAGCCACCUCUACGGCUUCGGUCUGAUGGACGCCGAGGCGAUGGUGAAGGAGGCAGCACGAUGGAAGCAAGUCCCUACACAGCACGUCUGUGUGGAGAGCGCCGACCGACAAAUCAGAACCAUCCGUCCAGAGCACGUGGUCCGGUCGGUGUACAAGGCGACGGGAUGCACCGACAACCCCAACCACCACGUCAUCUACCUGGAGCACGUGGUCGUCCGGAUUACAAUCACACACCCUCGCCGUGGGGACCUGUCAAUCAACCUGACCUCGCCCUCAGGGACCAAGUCUCAGCUGCUCGCCAACAGGUUGUUUGAUCACUCCAUGGAGGGUUUUAAGAACUGGGAGUUUAUGACCACCCACUGCUGGGGGGAGAAGGCGGCAGGCGACUGGGUCCUGGAGAUUUACGACUCACCUUCUCAACUCCGCAGCCAGAAAGUCCCCGGCAAGCUGAAGGAGUGGUCGCUGGUGCUGUACGGCACCUCGGUGCACCCGUACCUGCGCAGCGAUAAGACGCGCUCCACAGACAUACUGACGCCCACCGAGGAGGAUUUCACCGAGGAGUACAACGGCCCCUGUGACUCUGAGUGCAACGAGAACGGCUGUGAAGGUCCUGGACCCCAUCACUGCAUCAACUGCCUGCACUACUUCCUCAAGUUCAAGAACAACACCAGGAUGUGCGUGUCCGAGUGCCCCAGUGGCUUUUUCCGCGACGACAGGAAGCGCUGCAAGAAGUGCUCCUCGUUGUGCGAGACCUGCGUCGGCAGCCGCAGCGACCAGUGCACCACGUGCCGGCCCGGUUUCCACCUCAACGAGGGCUCCAACACGUGUGUGGCCACCUGCGGGGAAAGCUUCUACCUCGACCACGAUUCCAACAUUUGCAGGAGAUGUUCAGAGAACUGUAAGAAGUGCACCUCCUCCAAUAUCUGCACAGAAUGUAAACCUGGCAUGAGUCUACAAGCAAACAAGUGCCAGAUGACCUGUGACGUGGGCACUUACUACAACGGCCACAGAACGACCUGUGAGCCGUGUCAUCGGGCCUGUGCCACUUGUGCAGGCACGGGGAUCGAGGCGUGCACUAAAUGUGCAGAGGGCUACUUACUAGAGGACUGGCGGUGUGUGUCGACAUGCAGCGCUGGGUACUACUUGUCAGAGCAGACCGCAGACAACGGGCAGGUUCAGAGGUCCUGUAAGAAGUGUGACCAUAGCUGCUUAGAGUGCUCGGGGCCCGGCGAGAGAAACUGCAGCAGCUGUGUCAGUGGUUACAAUCUGGAGGCGGGAGCCUGCGUGGUCAGCACCAUCUGCAAAGAUGCAAAUGAAGAAUCUUGGGCGGAGGGCAGUUUCUGCGUGCUUGUUAAAAAGAACAAUCUUUGCCAGAGGAAAGUGCUGCAGCAACUGUGCUGCAGAACGUGCUCGCAAAAGGGCUGACGGGAAGUACUCACUGGGCGUUAAAAAAAGGGAGUGCAGGGGGGGAUGCGAGAGCUCAGGGAGGGGGGGGGGGCACCCCCUCCUUCUCAAACUCCCCCCCUGCUCACUCAUUCACAGUCACAUAAUUUAUAAGAGAAUCUGUGCCUCUUUACGGGACUGCAUCGGAGGUGCGAUGACAGGACUACAACAAACCUACCUUUUUUUCAGUACUGGGACACACACACGUGGUCAGGGUGUCAAAUGACUUACGGGACUUAUUUUCAAGAACAAACAAGAAAAAUGAAACUAAAGUGAAAACACACAAAUGAACAAAAAGUGUCGGUAUUUUGUGACCAAAGCAUCGAUGCCAAAAUAAUUGAACCUUCUUUUUUUUUGUUGUUGUUGUUGCCAGUGUAGGAAGCAUAGCUUAAAAAACAGGAGCCACUUCAGCCUGUGAAUCUCUGAAUACAUCUGUGUGCAUUUUUAUUUUGGCUUCUCCUCCUCCUCCUCUCUCUCUCUCUCUCUCUCUCUCUCUCUCUCUCUCCAACGUUAUCGAUAAACAGAUGGAAAGAGAACAUACAGUAGGAAAAGGCCCGGGGGUUUUCUACCUGUAAAUAUACGUCAAAGGAUUAAAAAAAAAAAAUGAAGCUGGCUCAGUGAUGUGAAAAUAAUGUCUGUCUGGGCUGACUUUAGAGAGGGUAACACACACGGACCAACUUGUGCACCCCACACACACACACACACACACACACACACACACACACACACACACAAACACAUAAAUCAGCCAACUUUAAAGUAAGAUGCACACAGUGUCACAAGAAGCACGUUACUGACCGAAAUCACCUCAUUUCAUUUAUUUAAAAACACAAACCUGCCCUCUGAACACUGUGUUUGUCUUCAUCAGUGUGUGUGUGUAUGUGUGUGUGUGCGUGUGUGUGUGUAUGUUGUAGGAGAAUGUCAUUAAUUCUUAAUGUAAGCCCAGACAGCAUUGAUUCAUUCCAGAGGUACUACAAGACGAGUCGAUAGCCAUUCCUUCUGGAGCUUUGUGCAGGGAAAGGAAACCCUGCAGUGAGUCAAAAAUGAAUUUGUGGUGCUCGGGAUGCACCGACGACGACGGACAUUUCUGUUUCUUUACACUUCAACUUUGACCCCAGACUGAGUAUUGAAUCCAUCCAUUUCUUUGAAUGAAAUAAUUCAAAGCAGAAUAAUUCAAAUUUAACUUUUACAGGGAACUAUAUAUUUUUUUUCUUUGUGUUAUUUUCCCCUCUUGCCAUGUGCAACCCUGAUAAAGGGAAUUUUGUCAAAUUUAUUAUACUUUUUGUUAUGUGCUAGGGUUGUCAUGAUACCAGAAUUGAAAACUUUGAUGCCAGUCUUGCAAAACUCAAACAAUAUGGAAACCUGUUUUCGAUAUCACAGCAACUAAAAUAGAAAAACGGCAACUGAUAUUCGGUCAUUUAUUGGUUUUAAUUUUUAAGAAAUGGCAAGAAAAACUCCUUCGCACUGUCUGAAUUUGCACAAUACAAACAUUGCCAACGUUUUAUGUGCUAUGUAGACAGUGUGCAGGUGUUUGUUUGCUAUUCUUCAUGGAUUAAUUCCUCUCCAACACACCUGUGUUUGAAUCAAGUGGUGUCGAAAAAGAACUGAAGUAUGGAACAUUUUGACGACCUUCCUUGGUGCAUCCCUAUAUGUUGCUGUUCUCAAAUAAAAAAUAGAAGAUUUAGAAGUUUCUGCUCUUUGUGGAUGCAUAUCAGCUGAAGCAUCGCUCUACACUUCCAACACAGAAGGUCAAUGACGGGCACAGAAAAAUGUUCUGUUAUUCUCAUGUUUCGGUCUCCGACAAGGCGGACAGGCGGUGAACCGCUCAGGUGCAAAAAAUCAGACGUGAAGCUCCGGCUUCCUCACAAAAAAGGAUUUAGUUUGACAUUCAGCAGUCGGAUAUUUGUGAAAAAUCAGUAAAACAAACAUAAGAAGGCAAUCAAUGUUUUCUACUUUCAUUAUAAUUGUUGGAGCUGACAUAACACAUAAAUGCAGAAGAAGAAAAUGUUAAAUGGUAUCGAGCCCCUAAAGUCCUGGUGAUGUCAGAGGUCUGGUUUCUCCUCCUGUCCGUCUCCGAGCCCGCUCCUCAUGAAACUCUAAAAGGUUAUUCUGGUGGUGCCGGUUUUCCAAUAAAGAGCAGCGGAUACAAUGUUUAUGAUUCCUCUUGUAUUUGUGUGCGUUCUCACACCUGCAGCUCGAGCAUUCACAGUAUUAGAUGACUUGUUGUACUUGUCGGCUGGUUAUGGUUCUUGAUGAUUUGUAAUAAAGAUUGAUGAUGACUCCCCUGUUUUGGUUAACAAAAACUUAUUCUUGGUCAUUGUUUAAGAUGACUUGAAUUGACUUUUUAGAUUUUGUGUGGUCGUAUAGGCGCACGCACACACCCCCCACUCCCCCUCCCCCCCACCCACCCUCCCUCGUAUAAAAGCUGUUUUUAUCGUGUACCUGUGACAUAUCUGUGACGAUGCAUUAUUAAUGUUACUCAAAGUCCUAGUUUUGAAAAAUCUUUUUUUACUUAAGUGUUCUUAUUAAAAUGUUUAAUCUGUU